GUGCAUGAGAAAAUUGCAUGUAAAAUGCGUGUUCCCCGUAAGGUCCAUUUCCGCGUGUGUUUUGUUGGUAAAUUGUUCCUUAAGGCGUCGGUGUCCGUGGCGCAAGUUGGGGGUAAUUGUCAGUCUGUGAUGUAAGAUAAUUACUAAUUUUUAAGCCUCGAUUCUUGCGAGAAAAAAAAGAGCUCGAGGGCUAGCGUCUCGGAUUAGGAAACGACGCGUAUCUUUUGUGGACUUUUUACGUUCUGCAGACAUGUACGAGGCAUUUUUUGUCAAGACCGCCUAUUGGACAUCAUCAGCUCUAUUCGUAAGAAAAAGCUGAGUACCAUUAGUCGUAGUCACUGGAUUACAAUCAGUCUGUUUUUGAGCGAUCUGGAGAAACAGUACAGAAGAGCCCUGUCAUCCCAGCUCGCCAGCAUUCGCGGAGUGGAGAAGGUGAGGAAAGGCAGCCUCGACGCUACCAGGAGUGUCACCUACAACAUGAGGAAGGUGUUCGGGGUUCCUGAGAGCUAAUCAUGGACGCUGGGAGACGAGAACCUGGCAGACCGAACGGCGCUCAUAAAGCUCCUGCAGUACAAUGCCAAGGACUCGUUCAGGGCCAGCAACAUAAAGGCGAUCCGCAGACUGGCUGAAAAGGGCGCGUGCGAAGACAGCGCCGCCUUCAAAGCUCUGAUGGCAAUCCUCUACCACAGCAUAGAAUUGUCUAGGAGUAUUCGGGAUAGAUGCUUCGCCCUCUGGAGGAAGGUGACCAAGGUGAUGCAUCCUGGACGCCGUGGACCGACCACCAAGGCGAUUAAGCAGUUACUAGGAGGCACGCCUCUGGACAGCGAAGAGGGAACAAUAGCCAGAGCCAUUUCGAGACUCCUCGCCUUCGACCCACUCUGGUCAACGAUCGCCGAUAGCAUCCAGGGCGUAAUUGCCCGUCUCUUUGAUAAAGUUACGAUUGGAAAUGAAUUAUUCAUGGAUGCCAUCCUCGUUCUUUUAAAUUGCUCACCAAGAUCUGUUCAUGGCAAGCCUAUUGUACGUGAGGGAACUGUUCCACCAAGAAUACCUAUUGUAGGUGAGGGAAGUGUUCCACCAAGAACACCUAUUGUAGGUGAGGGAAGUGUUCCACAAGAACACCUAUUGUAGGUGAAGGAAGAGUUCCACCA